AUGCCGCCAGCUCCAGGUCCACCUCCACCCAUGCUGCCAGUUCCACCUUCACCUCCACCCAUGUCGCCACCUCCACCUCCACCCAUGCUGCCAGUUCCACCUCCACCCAUGUCACCACCUCCACCUCCACCUCCACCCAUGCUACCAGUUCCACCUUCACCUCCACCCAAUUCGCCACCUCCACCUCCACUUACACCCAUGCUGCCAGUUCCACCUCCACCUCCACCCAUGUCGCCACCUCCACCUCCACCUACACCCAUGCUGCCAGUUCCACCUCCACCUCCACCCAUGUCGCCACCUCCACCUCCACCCAUGCUGCCAGUUCCACCUCCACCCACCUCCACUUCCACCCAUGCUGCCAGUUCCACCUCCACCUCCACUUACACCCAUGCUGCCAGUUCCACCUCCACCCAUGUCGCCACCUCCACCUCCACCCAUACUACCAGUUCCAGGUCCACCUCCACCUCCACCUCCACUCAUGCCGCUACCUCCACUUCCUCCCCUGCCGCCACCUCCACCUCCACUCAUGCCGCUACCUCCACUUCCUCCCCUGCCGCCACCUCCACCUCCACUCAUGGUUGGUACGUGCAGGAUGCGGGAUGCGGGAUGCGGGGACUUUUUGACGUGCCCCUAUCCAACUUAGGUUCGGACACGCCCUCCCCGGAUUUGGCCUCUGACAUAGCCAGUGAGCAACUCCGGGGCGGGAAGGGGUACGUGCAGGUUGAACUCCUUGAGGUGGUCCAGGAUAUAUACCGGACUACAGCCGUGCCAUGA